CAGUUUUUGUUUGGUUUGGUAACAGACUCAGUGACCCACAUUCUUAUCUAACACUGUUCGUUAGCCAGCUAGCUCACACGCUCGCCGCACUUAGAAAGUCGCUACUCAGCGGAAUAGAACGGAUAUAUCUCCUUUUUCCCUCUCGUGACGGUGCGUGGACAGUUUGCGUCAUAUAUCACAGUGAGAUUCUUUACUAAAAUGAACACCGAGUCAUCGGUCAUGAAGUAACUCGGUGGUCGAACUGUCCAUCACUAAAAAAGAAAAGACUCUGAUGUUGCUGCCAUGCCCCACACUCACAUCCAGAGUGGACGAAAAACUCAGCUCAUUGAAGAUCUUGUGGCAGCGUUCUCCCUCUUACCCAGGGAACAUUUACGGGCUCUCCUCCAGGACGUACAGAAUUCAGUCUUCGCUGCAGGCAACCCACCCACACACCACCAUCAUCUGACUCCUCGUGGCUCAUCCUUCCAAAGUCUUGCCUGUGCUCUCUGUAAUGUCAGAUGGUUCUUUCACAAAUGACUACCUCACGAUUAAAAGAACCAUCUCCAUCACUGUGACCCUGAACAAGAUAUAAAAUGACCUCUACCAAUGAGCGGGAUGACAGCAGUAUCUUUAAUGGGUUAAUGGAAAAAGAUGAAAAGGACAAAGCAAAACGUGUGUCCCGUAACAAGUCUGAGAAGAAACGCAGAGAGAAGUUCAAUGCUCUCAUCAAGGAGCUGGGUACUAUGUUGCCAGGCAACACUCGGAAGGUGGACAAAUCUACUAUUUUGCAGAAGAGCAUUGACUUUCUGUGCAAACACAAAGAAAUUGCUGCUCAGUCAGAGUCCACUGACAUCAGACUUGACUGGAAACCGCCUUUUCUCACGAAUAAGGAGUUCAUGCAUCUGAUGUUGGAGGCAUUAGAUGGUUUCUUUCUCGCAGUUAUGACUGAUGGCAAUAUAAUCUACAUCUCGGAGAGUGUGACAUCCCUUCUGGAACACUUACCUAGUGAUCUUCUUGAUCAGAAUCUAUUGAACUUCCUGCCCGUGGAGGAGCAUUCAGAUGUUUACAAGGCCCUUUCCUUGCAUAUCACGGAUGCAAAAAAUCACCUUGAAUUUUGUUGCCAUAUACUCAGAGGAGCAGUUGACCCCAAAGAGCCCCCAGUGUAUGAAUAUGUCAAGUUCACUGGAAAUUUCAAGUCCCUAAAUAAUGUGUCUAAGUCCACCCAGAAUGGUUUUGAAGAAGUGAUCCAGCGAUCACAUCACUCUGCCUUUGAAGACAGAGUGUGUCUUAUAGCAACUGUGAGACUUGCAAAGCCUCAGUUUAUUAAGGAAAUGUGCACGACAGAAGAACCUAAUGAGGAAUUCACCUCAAGACACAGUUUAGAGUGGAAGUUUCUCUUCCUGGACCACAGGGCACCACCCAUUAUAGGUUACCUCCCGUUUGAGGUACUGGGUACAUCAGGCUAUGACUACUACCAUGUCGAUGACCUGGAGACACUGGCCAAAUGCCACGAACACUUAAUGCAGUAUGGAAAGGGAAAGUCAUGCUACUACAGAUUCCUGACCAAAGGACAACAGUGGAUUUGGCUUCAGACCCACUAUUACAUCACGUACCACCAGUGGAACUCAAGACCUGAGUUUAUAGUCUGUACACACAGUGUUGUAAGUUAUGCUGUAGUAAGAGCAGAGCAACGCAGGGAACUUGGUAUUGAAGAAUCACCAUGUGAAAUCAGUGCAGACAAGCACUCCCAACAUCCUGAUUCUGAGUCUCAGAUCAACACAUCCAGUAUAAUGGAUAUUCUAGAGCACUUGGACAGGAGCUGUCCACCGUCAGCGUCUUCUCGCAGCUCACGCAAAUCCUCACAGACUGUGAUGUCUAACCCAGCCUCGUCACAGGUUAAGCUUCAGGAAGACAGACAUAUCCCAGAUUACCAGUCUGCUGCUGAGGUCACAUUACAGAGAAGAUCAUCUGUCAGUAGUGAGCAGUCCGUGAGCUGCCCAAACACAGUACAGAGCGUGGCACAAUCUCUGGUUUCACGGCCAUCUGAAAAGGUUCAGACGAGUGGCCAAUCUGGGGAUCGGUUUUCGAGCAACUUAGAUGCCGUGCAGCACCUGAAGGAGCAGCUACAGCAGAGGACCAGACUGAUAGAGACCAACAUUCAGAGGCAGGAGGAUGAGCUGCGGCAGAUCCAGGAUGAACUGCAGAAGGUUCAAGGACAGAGUCUGCAGAUGUUCUUGCAGAAAGGAUCUGGAGUAUUCAAUGUCAGUUCAGUUCAAAUGGCCCUUGGGAAUGCUGUGCAGCAGGGAGGUGCACACAGCACGCAGGGUCAGGUAGCUUCUACAGGGACGCUACAGAACAGCAUGCAGCAACCACAAUCCCAGCAACAGACGCUGACACGUGAACAGAGCACAGCACUCUCACAGUCUCAUCACUUGUCUUUCACGGGGCAGCCUCAACAAAGCCCGCUGCCUUCAGCCCUUUACAACACAGUGAUGAUCUCCCAGCAAAGCCCUGCCAACACAGUCCAGUUUGCUACGAACCCAUCCCAGAACAGUGGCUCCAACUCCUCUGCGGUGGGAACAUUUCCUCAGGACUGUGCAGCUCAGAUCAGGUUUCCCGCUGGUCCACAGCUGUUUACUAAGCUCGUCACAGGACAGAUGACAUGUGGAGCUGUCAUGGUCCCCACAACCAUGUUUAUGGGCCAAGUGGUGACGGCCUUUGCUCCUCAGCAGGCACAGGCACAGACCAUCAGCAUUACCCAGCAGCCACCUCAACAUCAUCAGCAACAAGAGCCACGGACACAGCCACAAACACCGGUGACAGCCAUGCAACCGAUGCAGACUGCACUGUCACAGCAGCAGACCCACUUCCUCCAGGCUCCUCAGCUGCUACAUGGAAACCAGUCAGCUCAGCUGAUUCUGCAGGCGGCAUUCCCGCUACAGCAGCAGGGUACGUUCACUACCACAACCCCGCAGCAACACUUACACAGAUUGCUGAAAGGGCAGAAACAGCAAUUUCAGCAACAACUGGAGGAAUUGGACUUUGGCUCUACGCGGAGUAAACCACGUGUGUAAUGUGUGCUACAGUUACAUUAACAUGAUAGCUUUGUGCAGAUCUCUCAGGUGAAUCAAGUCCUGCACAGCGGCCACAUCUCCUUUGGAUGUUUUCUUCUUUCCUCAUCUUUCAUGUAAAAAGAAUUAUAGGUCAGGAAAUAUUUUUGCAUAAAGUGGUGUAGUUUGUUUUAUUGUACAGUUAUUAAAGACUCAUAUUUUAUGUAAAUAUACAGAGAAAGAAAUUAUUUUCUGUGCCGCAUGAAAUGAUGUUGAGCACUGUGAUUUGCAGCUUUGGGAAUGCUUUUUUUCUGCUCAGCGGCUGAUAUUUUCACGUCUUUUUCUCCUCUGAGACGUUUGUUUGUGUGUCUGCAGAGCAGACAGAUCUGAUGCUGUUCGUUGUGUCAGUGUGUUUAUUCCUCGAGCAAGAAUAUCGUAAAACUGAAUGUACUAAUGUAUUGUUAAGCUUCAUAAGCUACAUUAUCAAUUAUUGUCAGUCAAGAUGACAGGUUGAAGGAAAUGUAAAGUGCUAACAUUUAAUAUAAAAUUUUAUCAAA